AAUGAAAAACUUCCUUUGCCUAUUGUAACUGAUUUGGAAAGUGAUGGACAAACAGAUGUUAUACUAGUCAGUGCUGAUAAGAUACUCAAUGUAUACUCACGCCAUUAUACACCUUCUUAUCUUGGACACCAUGGGAUCAGACACAGUAAUAAGAAUGUGUCAUUGUCAAAGACAUCACAUGUUGUUGCUAUGACAACCGGUUUCCUACAACCAUACCAGUCAGUGGUACAAGUACGCAAGCAGGUCAUAGCAGUACUGUAUUCUGAUUGGACGCUCAGUUGUUAUAAUCACAACCUCAAACUGAUGUGGAGCCAAAAACUGAACGAAAAGGAAAUCCCAAUUUCCAGUGAAGCUAGUUUGUUAGUGUCGGCCAUUAGCAUCAAGAAGAGUCCAGCUGGAGUUAUACUAGUAGGAGGAAGAAUUAAUGGAAACUAUGACAAUAAUAAUAAUAAUGAUAAUAUUGGAGGAGAUAGUGAUAAGAGAAGGAUGAGAAGAGGAGCAGAACAGGAAAAGAUGGAGCAUCAAAAAUUGGAGUCGUUGGGUCAUUAUUGUACUUAUGCUGUUAGCGGUAAGACUGGUGAGUUGCUAUGGAAACACGAACCAGGAGACUUUGAGGUCCAUCCUGCAUAUGACAUUGGAUUAUCAUCAUUCACACAUUUCAAGCUAUUAUUUCAUAAAUAUUUACUACAUGAAGGAGAGGUCUCCUGGCAUCAGUACAGCUCAGCUAUUCGUCAAAUAAUGCCUCAUUCAUGGACUGAUGAUUUUGAUACAAAGUUAGAGUUAGCACAAUUCAAUAAAGAUAAGAAGAAAUCAGAUGAACCAGGAGUUACUGACCAUAUUAGCAAAGGGAAGCAUUUUAAUUAAGGAGGAGACUGAGAGAAGAGAGAGCUACAAGGUUACAAGCUAAAGUCCAGCUGAUGCAAGAGAAUCUCUGCACACAAGAAACUCGUGAAUACACUGUACCUUUAUUAUUAGUGGGUGUGGC